UGAAAUGCUGCUGUGCAUGUUUUGUUUGAUUUUUGACAGAAGCAGCCGGUUUUGCACCAACAAAGUGGCAGGCGUGAAAUAGCUUUUGUAAAUGGUUUGCGAAAUGCUUUUGGUGAUUUUAUUGAAAGCUUAUAAACGAAUCUUCACUGCCUCGUAAAUCUAACCAGCAGAAUAGUGUUUAUUCGCUGUAGUUAGAGUAAUUAUAUUUUUUGAAAUUAUGCGAAAUUUGAGAUUUGAAGAGGAAUCGCACGUCUUGGUGGGACUAGUUUCAUGUGCAUGUUGGAACUCUCAUGCAUCAUUUGGCUUCCAAAAAUGUGGCUUUCUUAUGAUCUUAUUGAUGAUCUUUGUUGGUGGAGGUCUGCUUUUUCCAUAUCUUACUGUUUUGAUUAGAAGUCUAAUGCCAGGUUUCCUACCAUUUAUCAGCCAAGCUGGCGGCCUUCCUCCUUCCAGUGGGAUUUUUUCUAUCUUCAUGAAUGUUGCAUCAUUUUUUGGUAUAGUUGCAUUUUUUGUCUUAUAUGAAACCAUUAAUCACAGAAACACCAAAGACCUAAAACUGAUCAGAGUUUGUAAUAAGAUUGGCUUGGUCGUUAUUGCCAUUAGUUGUUUAGGCCUUGUUGUGACUGUUGCAAAUCCUGUUGGUUAUACUGAUGUUCCUAAUAAAUUUGAGUGGGUAGUAGCAGUUCUCUAUCAGCAUGGAAUCGGAGCUAUCAUGAUACUUGUGGGAGCUGCUGUGUUUCAGUACAUUUUGACUGCUAUCUGGUGGUUUCUUCCUGACACAACAAAAUUUGAAAAAUAUCUUAAACUGUCCUUUGGUGUUGUGUAUUUUUUGUUUUUUCUUAUCA